AUGGCUGAGACACUUUUAUCUUUUGGAGUUGAGAAGCUUUGGGACCUUCUUGUCCGAGAAUCUGAUCGACUUAAGGGAGUUAAAGAGAACCUCAGUGAACUCAAAAGUGAUCUAAACUUGCUUAGGUCAUUUUUAAAAGAUGCAGAUGCUAAGAAACAUGCAAUUGCGAUGGUGAGAAAUUGUGUGGAAGAGAUCAAAGAAAUUGUUUUUGACGCUGAGGAUAUAAUCGAAACAUUUCUUCUCAAGGAAGAGCUCCAAAAACCAAGUGGCAUAAAAAAGCAUAUGAGAAGACUUUCUUGCAUUGUAGUGGAGCAUAGGGAAUUUGCUAUAGAAAUGGAAGGCAUAAGCAAGCGAAUCUCCAAGGUGAUCCGUGAUAUGCAGAGUUUUGGGGUGCAGCAGUUGGUAGUUGAUGGUGGCGGGUAUUCCAAUCCUCUACAAGAAAGACAAAGGGAGAUGCGAAAAACAUUUUCUAGCGACAAUGAAAGGGAUUUUGUGGGUUUGGAGCAAAACGUGAACAAAUUGGUUGGCUAUUUGGUAGAGAGAAAGAGUACUCAAGUUGUUUCUAUUUGUGGGAUGGGCGGUAUUGGUAAAACUACCCUGGCUCGACACGUUUUCAAUCAUGAGAUUGUAAAAAACCAUUUCGAUGGAGUUGUGUGGGUGUGUGUUUCACAACAGUUUACACGAAAAUAUGUGUGGGAGACGAUCUUGAAGAGACUUCGACCAAAACAUAUUGAUGACCAUAGGGAGUCAGAUAUGACUGAAGAUGAGCUCCAAGAAAAUCUUUUUAGAUUGUUGGAAACCAGCAAUUCUUUGAUUGUCCUUGAUGAUAUUUGGGAAGCAGAACACUGGGACAGAAUAAAGCCUAUCUUUCCACCAAAUAAAGGUUGGAAGUUACUACUUACUUCUCGCAACGAAGGAGUGGCAUUACAUGUAGACCCAACAUGUAUCAUUUUUAAACCAGAAUGCCUCACCCCUGAGGAAAGUUGGAUACUUUUUCGUAAGAUAGCAUUUCCUAUGAAAGAUAGGACCAAUUCUGAAAUGGAAGAGAUGGGAAAGCAAAUGAUCAAGCAUUGUGGAGGACUACCGUUGGCAGUAAAAGUGUUAGGAGGGUUGUUGGCACCACAAUACACAUUGGAUGAGUGGAAACGGGUACAUAAGAAUAUUGGAUCUUUUAUCGUUGGAGGGAGAAGCUUCAAUGACAGAAAUAUCAGUUCUGUUUACCAUAUAUUGUCUAUGAGCUUCGAAGAGCUGCCUGUUUAUUUAAAGCACUGCUUCCUCUAUCUUGCCCACUUUCCAGAAGAUUAUUCUAUAGACGUGGGAAAAAUAUCUUACUACUGGGCUGCAGAAGGAAUACCAAGGCCAAGGUAUUACAAUGAGGCUAGCAUUCAAGAGGUUGCAUAUGCCUCUUUCCCCUGUGUUUGUUCCUCCGCUCACUGUCUCUCUUUUUCCCUCGCUCCCACUCGCUUCUUCUUCUCCUUCUCUAUCCCGCUCUCCUCCCGCCCUUCUUUUCUCCGUCUCUCCAUCUUCCUCCUUCCUCUUUUCCGCUUUUCUCCCGUUCCUCCCCUUUUCUUCUCCUUGCUUCUCUUUAUCUUGCCCACUUUCCAGAAGAUUAUUCUAUAG